CACUUUGCGGGCAAUCUGACCAACCAAGAAAUCGUCCAGCAAUUCGAAGAUAAUAAUCAAUACGCCGGCGCUGCGACAAAUGAUCCUUCUUCGGUUGCGCUCGAUUUGGAAAAGCUGACUAUCAGUGAUCAAGUGAAGGCUGACAGCAGACCACGUGCGGAACAACUCUUGGAUGCGUUAUUAUCACUUUUGAUUAACAUGGAUCCCAACAAUUAUUCCAAAUACGAAUUCUAUGUCGAGGUGCUUAAUACGCUACUCGUCUUACUAUCAACACAAUUACACCGAGUAAAGCUGACGGAAAGCAAUUACUUUUUGGAAAUAUUAUUGCAACGUUUCAGUGACCGCGCUAAUGCUGUUGUUGCAAAGUUACUGGAAAACUUUAUAGAGCAAAAAGUACCACCACCACAAUCAUCAAAUGUUGUGUACAAUGCAUACAGCUAUUUUUUCUCUUCACGGCAGAACUCGGCAUCGGACGCUGACACGUUCCCAGUAGCAGAUCGAAGUUUAUUGUUGAUGCUUCUAUUAGCGACACAGUCAAAGAUAUUGAACGACGACGAGACUUCUGGUGUAGCAUCUGCGUAUCGCUUGGCGUUUGCUAAUCUUCGAGAUCAUCAUGUACUGGCUUCCGAUUUAGAAGCAAGUGAUAAGAAAUACCACUUGAUUUCUUUCAAGGACCUUUUCGGCCUCUUUUGCCAAUCGCUUGGUAUUGAAGAACGAAUGCUUCUAUUCUAUGUCAUGCUGGUCGAGAACGAUUCCUUCCGGGUCUAUGUAUUGUCAAGGACGGAUCCCGAGACAAUUUAUAUUCCGAUUCUCAAAAUCAUCUACGAAGCUGUUGAAGGAAAAACAAACUAUUCCCAAGUGUAUAUAUUACUUAUCAUAUUACUGGUGUUGAGCCAAGAUGAUGUAAACAAUGAGACGAUCCAAAAAAUCACUGUGACGAAUCUGACGUGGUUUACGGAACGACCGUUACUGAAAUCGAUAUCCCUUGGCGGCAUGGUGAUCUUGGUACUGAUUCGCACAUUACAGUUCAAUCUGUCUCAUCAAAAGGACAUUUAUUUCCAUACAAAUUGUUUGGCAAUAUUGGCCAAUAUGUCUUGCACAAUUCUGGACAUGCACGCCUAUGUCGCCCAACGAAUCAUCAGUUUGUUUGAACUUAUAUCGCGGCGACAACAGAAACUCGCAACUAAAAUCGCCCACGACAACAGUAACGAGCAUUCACCACAAGAUAUUGCCGUUUACGAAGACAUGCUGUCACUCGUGCUGGAAAUCAUUAACUCAAUAUUACAUCAUCGACUAAAAAACAACACACAACUUGUGUAUGCGCUUUUGUUAAAACGAGAAAUCUUUGCACCAUUACGGAACCACGCACGACUCGCUGAUCUUAUUAAAAACAUUGAAACCGUUAUUGAUUAUUUCCAUGUACGCGUGUCCGAAGCUAACAUCAAAGCACCUUCCACCGGUGAGAUUCUGGAUCUGAUUGACCAAGCGGCACGAACGUGGACACCAAAUCGACUUGGGCCUAUACCUGAUUUGAAAUUCCAGUACGAAGAAGAGCAGGACUCACGCGAAUUUUUUGUCCCGUACGUAUGGGCGUUGAUCCAUCGACGUGGGUUCAUCUACUGGACUGAAGAAAAGGCGCAUAUUCUGAACGAGUAUCGGAUCAUGAGCGGUGCAGACGAUGAUCUAGAAGCAGUGCAUGACACUUCUGGGAAGGCGUAAGAAUACAUGUAUCAAAAAAGAGCUGUUAAUAUGAUCGCCUCCUCCAAAACCACGGCCCUCUACUCCCGACUUUUAAUCCACUCUGUUAAGCCUCUCUCUCUCUCUCUCUUCUACUAUACAAAUCCCUUCCAGCCCUCUCCAUAUUUCAUUGCGCACCACAGUCGACGAAAAAAG